AUGAAAUUUGAGUUAUUACCAAAUGAAAUAUUUAUCAAAUGUUUUCGAUAUCUUAACGCAUUAGAUAUAUUCUAUUCAUUUGAUCGAUUAAAUUAUCGUUUUUAUAAACUUAUUCGAAAUAUUUCAUUACAUUUGGAUUUUCAGCAAUUGAAAAAAUCUAAAUUUAAUCAAUUUUGUCAGAUAAUAUUAUCGAAUGCAGAAAUAAAAUAUAAUGUAAUUUCAUUAAAAUUGUCAAAUGAUGGUACACGUGGCCAAAUUGAAAACUUUCUUUCAGCAUUUGCAUUAAAUGAAUUUAUUAAUCUCCAAUCAUUAUCAUUAAUGAAUUUAAAAAAUGAUGAUCUUCAAAAAUUAUUACCUAUAUUACCAUUGUUAUCUAAAUUAUAUUGUUUUUCGUUUACCAGAUCUACCAGGUGGGAUGAUAAAACAUCGGAAAUCCUACCUGCAUUGAAAAAAUCGAAAUUACGUAUUCUAUCAAUACCAUCAUUAAGUUGUGACAGAUCUAUUUUUAAACAAAUGUCAAUUACAUCACUAACAAUUUCUUCUGGCUAUUUGCCUAAAUUAUGUGAAUUAUUCCAGUAUGCAUCAAUGUUAAAGUGUUUUACUAAAAAAGCUGUUAAUUUAAAACGAUUAAUUAUUGAUUAUUCUAUGGCUGAAUUUGAAACUCUUGAGCAUUUGUUAAAGCGUAUACCAAAUUUGACAAUUUUUACAAUAAAUGCUCCAUAUAAAAUAGAUAUGAUUGAUGCUGACCGUUGGCAAUAUCUGAUUGAAUCUUCAUUAUUACACUUACGUGUUUUCAAUUUCUAUUUUAGUUUUUCCGAUAAACUUUAUUUUGUUCACGAUAAGAAACUUCAACAAUUUCGAACUGAUUUCUGGUCUAAACAACAUUGGUAUACUAAUAAUGAAAGAUGUUACUACCAGUCAAUAUCAAUCUAUACUAUGCCGUAUGCAUGGAAUGAGUAUAGAUUAAUAGAUACUUGGCAUACAUACAAUAAUUUAAAUGGAUUUGAUAAUGUUACAAAGUUAACAUUGGAGACAGUGGGAAUUAAAGAUAAUUUACCAUUUUAUUUUAAAAGUAUUAAAUCGUUAAUAUUUGUAGAACCUGAUAUUGAUGAUGGAUAUGAACCAGAGGAGUGGCUUCUACAGCCCACACAAAUAGAAUUUCUAAACAAAAUGGUCAAUUUAUCAAAUAUUAAACAUUUAGAAAUUCCAAGCGCAAGUUGUACGUUAUCAUCAUCAUUAUUAUUAGAAAUAUUAAAAAUACUACCAUAUAUAUCAUCAUUAGAAAUUGAUAAACGUAGUUUAAUAUUGUUUCUUGAUGAUCAUGAAUUACGAAAAUAUUUAAACAGAAAAAUACACGUAUUACAUAUCACAUCUGGUGUAUUGAAUGAUCAUCUUGAAUUCGAUGAAAUAGAUUUGUUUUCUGAAACAUUUUCAAAUGUUGAAAAAUUUCAUUGUCAUAUCAAACAACUGGAUGUUUUAUUAUUAAUAUUAAGAAAAUUUGCAAAAUUAUCAAUCUUAAGUAUUCAAAAUAUUAAUAAGGACAUGUAUUCAUGGAUUCAAAUGAAUGCAUCGAAUUUGAAUGCUUUAUCUGUAAUAGGUACGAUAAGUGCCAUAUAUGAAAAUGGAAUUUCUAAUAGUACGCAAGGAACUCAAGGUGGUGUACGAAUUGGUCAAUCUCUUAUUUCAGUACUUUUCUACGGAUUUGGAAUAUUCGUUGCUUAUCGACAUUCUGAAACAGGUUUAAAAGUGGUGAGUUUUCAUUUAUAA